AUGAGUGUUAACGACAUUUAUGAUGUUAUUGUGGUUGGAGCUGGUGUUGUAGGUCCUACUAUAGCAACAGCUCUCGCAAGACAAGGCAGGCGAGUUUUGAUCAUUGAAAGAGAUUGGUCUACACCCGACAGAAUCGUAGGAGAAUUAUUACAACCUGGAGGGGUUAAAGCAUUAAAGGAUCUUGGUAUGAUUCAGGCUAUAAACAAUAUUGAAGCUAUUCAUGUUACAGGGUAUUACGUUAAAUAUGGUGGACAAAUAGUUCGAUUAGACUACCCAGAUAAACAGGAUGCAAUGAAAACGAGCCCUGCCAAGCUGGUACCAGACUGUGUCUUUGAUGGUAACGAUAAGAUGAAGAGCGAUUAUACUUUGAGUUCGAAGGACUGGGAAGAAGACGAACGUGUUCGAGGUGUUGCGUUUCACAAUGGAGAAUUUUUGAUGAAUUUGAGAGCGAUGGUUAAAAGUGAACCUAACGUGACAUGGGUUGAAGGCACGGCUACCAAGAUACUUAGAGAUGAAGAAAAUCCUAGUAUAGUUACAGGUGUUUUAGUCAAGCAAAACCUGGAACUUAAGACAUACUCAGCUAAAUUAACUAUAAGUUGCGAUGGAAUAUAUUCAAAAUUUAGAAAAGAACUUUGUGCCGAAAAUGUACCAGUAGUAGGGUCUUAUUUUGUUGGUUUAAAGCUUGUCGAUGCAAAAUUGCCUAUGCCCAACCGUGGACAUGUCAUAUUAGGAUCGCAUGCUCCCAUCUUGAUAUACCAAAUAUCACCACACGAAACAAGAAUAUUGUGUGCUUACAGGUCUACCAAACCACCUUCUCAAACAAACGAUGAAUUGUAUAAUUAUCUUCGUGACGAAGUAUUACCUGCGUUACCCAAAGAAACCCAACCGUCGUUCGAAAAGGCCUUGGAGACAAGAAAAUUUAGAGCGAUGCCUAAUCAGUAUUUACCGGCAGUAAAGCAGGGGAAAGAGACUAAGGGCUUAAUUAUGUUAGGGGAUUCUCUUAAUAUGAGACAUCCUUUGACUGGGGGAGGAAUGACCGUCGGAUUAAAUGACAGUGCGUUACUUGCUAAAUUAUUACAUCCAAGAUACAUAGAGGACUUGGACAACCACGAAAUAUUAACCAAACAAUUAAGUACAUUCCAUAAGAAGCGUAAGAAUCUUGAUGCUGUGCUUAAUACCUUAUCUAUAGCCUUGUACACUUUGUUCGCUGCCGACAAAAAUGCUUUAAUGAUUUUACAAAAAGGCUGUUUCAAAUAUUUUGUUCUCGGAGGUGACUGCGUAUCAGGUCCAAUUGGAUUGUUAUCAGGAAUUUUACCUUUCCCUAUGUUGUUAUUCAACCAUUUCUUCAGUGUGGCCUUCUAUGCAAUUUACUGCAACUUUAUAGACAGAGGCCUUUUAGGAUUUCCUAUUGCCUUAAUUGAAGCAUUCGAUACCAUUUUCACUGCUAUAAUUGUUUUCACGCCUUACUUGUGGAAAGAGUUGGUUUAUUAG